CUUGUUGCUUGCUAAUAAAUAAGUUUUGCGUGCUUGUUUUCAGCUAAUUAAAUCCGCAUACCUGAAUUAACAAGUGCUGCUGUCAGUUUACAGUCAAGCAACAACAACAAAUAACUUGAUUUCAGGGCAAAAACCCCGCAACAACAGUUUAGUCAGAAAAAGCUUGGCUCGACGUGUUUUUGAGUCAUUUUGCCGCUCACUUAACAAGUUGUUGCCUUUGUUUUUACCGAGUUCAGUUGAGUUUAAACCGUCAAACUGGCAGCACGCAUUAUGUCCGCGGGUCGCGUUGUCAUCUAUGGAGGCAAGGGCGCACUGGGCUCCGCCUGCGUCGAUUAUUUCAAAGCCAAUAACUAUUGGGUGGGCAGCAUUGAUCUGAGCGAAAACGAGCAGGCGGACGCCAGCGUUGUGGUGCCACGCGAUGCCAGCUGGGAGGAUCAGGAGUCGUCUGUCAUCUGCAAAGUGACCGAAUCCCUGGCUGGCCAAAAGCUGGACGCUGUCAUCUGUGUGGCCGGCGGCUGGGCCGGUGGCAAUGCCAAGAAGGAUCUGGCCAAGAGCGCGGAUCUGAUGUGGCGCCAGAGCGUCUGGAGCUCUAGCAUCUCGGCCGCCUUGGCCGCACAGCAUCUCAAGGCUGGCGGCUUGCUGGCGCUGACGGGCGCCAAGCCCGCACUGGCUGGCACGCCCGGCAUGAUUGGCUAUGGCAUGGCCAAGGCGGCUGUGCAUCAGCUGACACGCUCGCUGGCCGGCGAGAAUUCGGGCCUGCCCAGCGAUGCGCUCGUCGUCUCCAUACUGCCCGUCACACUGGACACGCCCAUGAAUCGCAAAUGGAUGCCGAAAUCCGAUUUUGGCAGCUGGACGCCACUGACAGAAGUGGCUCAGCUCUUUGGCAAAUGGACCCAGAACCAGGAACGCCCCAAAACGGGCGCUCUGCUGCAGCUGAUCACAAAGAACGGCAUUACGGAGCUCAUUCCGGCGGAGUAGGCAGCGCGAACAGCCGACUUUCACAUUGUUAUACACUAUAUAUACUAUAUAUAAUGCUUGUGCUUAAAACAAUAAAUAAAUAGCAGAGAGAAGGGAGCAGAGAGAGAAGUUAUCUGCGGGUUGCCUAAGCAUCUUAGCAUCUCCUUUUCAGACUCAACUCAAUAUAGAAUCUAGUUAGCCGACCUUGUGUGCA